AAACAAACGCAGAAACACCCGCGCCGCGAGCUGCAAGCCAACAAUACCCGCUGCACAGUGCUUACGUCACACCCCGUCGACACACGGGUGGAUUGUGUCGUCCGCUGUGCAGUCCCCAUGGCAGCUGUGGUGUCCCCAGCCAUCCCCCCCACAGCCCUCCACGAGUGUGUUGGUGAAAAGGAAGUACAGCGUGUCCAGUGGGCGACGGUUUCACAGCAAACCAUAGUAACUCUAUUCAAGUACCCAAGAGAAUGUCCAGGGUUCAAGUGGUUAAACUCGUAGCUGGGCUGCUGAUCGCACUCGUGAUGCUGAUGGCGUGGAAUACCACACGAGUGUUUUGGCAGCAGACGGAAGUCGUCCACUUCGACUACAUCGUUGGGCAAAGAAGCAUUGAUGACAAGGAUGCAAAGGUGGAGACGCCAGCAGGUAGUUGCCCAGAAAGCGGGUGCGAGGUACCUAAGAAGCCGCACAUCGUGUUUGUACUGGCUGAUGAUUACGGGUACCACGACGUAGGUUACCAUGGUUCCAGGAUCAAAACACCCAACCUGGACAGACUGGCAGCGGAAGGUGUGAAGCUGGAGCGGUACUACGUGCAGCCCAUGUGUUCACCUAGUCGUACCCAGCUUAUGUCAGGACGAUACCAGAUUCACACUGGCCUGGUGCACAACAUUAUCCACCCGAUGCAGGCUAACGCUCUACCCCUCGAUUCACCAACAAUUGGUGACCUGAUGAAAAAUGCAGGCUACAGUACCCACUACACUGGCAAAUGGCAUUUGGGAUUCUACAAGAAGGCCUUCCUGCCCACACAUCGUGGGUUCGAUUCCUUCUUAGGUUUCCUGACAGGCUCAAUCGACUAUUACAAUCACAAAAACUGUAACAUGCAGCACAAAGCCUGUGGCCUGGAUCUUUACAAGGAUGAUGAACUUCUCCAAGACAAAGAUGGAGUUUAUGGACCUGACAUGUACACAGCAAGAGCUCUGGAAGUGAUAAGGAAUCAUGACCCCACUAAGCCGCUGCUUCUGUUCGUCUCGCAUCAGUUGGUGCACACCCCACUACAGGUACCCGAGAGAUACGUCAAACCUUACAAUUACAUCAAGGAUAAAAGUCGAAGACUUUAUGCUGGAAUGACAGCGUGUCUGGACGACCACGUAGGAAUACUAGAGAAAGCGCUGAAGGAGAAAGGUCUGUGGGACAACACCGUCUUCAUUUUUUCCUCAGACAACGGCGGGGAAGUUAAUCAGGGCGCCAGCAACUGGCCCUUGCGGGGUAGCAAAGGCUCGCACCAUGAAGGGGGAAUCCGGGCCAUCGGCUUUGUGACCGGCCCGCUGGUGGCUAGGAAGGGGACUGUCAACAACCAGAUGAUUCACAUCUCCGACUGGCUGCCCACUUUGGCUCACCUGGCGGGAAUCACCCCCAAUGCUUCCUUAGCGGCCAAACUCGACGGAUAUAAUCAGUGGGAGACAAUAAGUUACGGCACAAGUUCCCCCAGAACUGAAUUCCUGAUCAACAUCGACAUUUUGAUGCCCUUGAUGGGCGAGCGCCUGUACCCGGAUCUCUUCGACACUCGGGUACGUGCCGGCAUUCGCUUCGGAGACUACAAACUGAUCACUGGCGACAUCGGGAAAAAUAACGACUACUACAUGCCGGCGGAAAUGACGAACUCCGGCCAGCAGGAAGUCAAGCUGGGCAACAGCAAAGGCCGAAACUACCGCCUCUUUAACAUCAUUGACGACCCGCUGGAACAAUAUGACCUGGCCGACACACACCCCCAGCUGGUCCGCUUCCUGCUCAAGAGACUGGACCAGUGGAAUAACGAGUCGGUACCGGUGCAGAACCCAACCUGGGAAGAACAGUCACGGCCGGGACCCCAAAACGGGUGGGUCUGGCGACCCUGGAAAUAGACUCCUGACCGAACAUGUGAAAUAUUUAGACAAAUGUGAACAUUUAAAUAUAGGUCAUAGUCGACUUUGACAGCAGGUGUUUUUAUCUACUACCCUGGUAAGAGGCCCAACCAUGGUAGCGAUUCCUCUGGUUUCAUGUGUGGAAUGUUUGAGGUCGAAGGUCAUAAAAACACUGACGGACGUCUUGCAUAGAAAAAUGGUGAAAUUCUGCAGCUGAGUGUUUUUUUUUAUUUAUUUUUGCAAUUCUGGUUUGUAUUUUGUUCUUGGUGUGGUUACAGCAUUUCACGUCUGCGUGGAGGAACAACAAAGCCACAGAUCUGGGAUAUGGAAGUUUUCUUUGCGCGUGCGAGUCAGUGUGUAUGCGUGAGUUUGUGUGUCGUGUUUGUGUGGAGCUAGUAGUGGUAUUUAGAAAUAUGUCUGUAUUGUAAAAUUCAGGUGCAUAAUCCGCAUUUAUUUCAUAGCUGCUGAUAAAACUUGCAAAGAAAUGCCGAAAGCUCCAGCCAGUCCUACUUAUUUCUUUGAGUGUAAAGGUUCAUUUUUCCUUAUCCAUUAUUUCGCUGACUCGUGCUUGCCGGGUAUACCUUAUGCUAAUAAAUAUAGUCUAUAAACAUUAUGCUAAUAAAUAUAGUCUAUAUCUAAAAGCUGUUCUGAGAAGAUGCUUUAGGAUAGUCUGGUUUAUAGUGUUUGCAUGCUUUUGUAUUUUUCAAGAUUAAAUCCACUUGAAUUUGAA